AUGCGGCCGGUUCUUCAAGCCAAAGUUCCAAUAAUCAAAUUUGUUGUAAAUAACAAGUAUGAAGCUGACCUCAGCUUUUCCAAUUACCUGAACUGUAAAAUCGCCAAGGCCGACAGUGGAGGUAUUUCGUCGUACGCCUUCGCCAUUCUCCUUAUCCACUACAUGCAACAGAAGAAUUAUUUGCCGGUUCUACAGGAGCUGUACGAAGGAGAGGAUCGACCAAUCGUCAGGGCGGGAGAGUGGAAUAUCUGGUACCAGGAUGAUAUGGAGAUUAUCCACAAACUUUGGAAGCCUCCCCCGGCUGAUGUGUUGGUAGCGGACAUGUGGCUUGGUUUCUUCCGUUAUUACCUGUUUGAUUUCGAUCGAGAACGGUAUGUCGUGACAAUUAAUCAGAAGGCUCUACUCGAACGCAUCGCCAAACUUUGGAAUUCGUUGCUUGCAAUUGAAGUCCUCGCCCACGUCCUCAACUCGUUCUACAAGGUCUCACUCUUCUCCCUCCAAGAAAUCGGCCCCAAAGCCUCAUCUGCCGAAAAGGAAAAUAAACGUGGUGGCAGACUAAGGUCUGCCGGUCUCCCGCAGUCCGUCCCUAACAGGCCUCAACAACGUGCGCGAAACAGCCUUUCCUCCGACGCUAUCGUCCCGGCGGGACCUUUACCCCACAAUAACUGGAAUGCUUCCCAAUCGGCUGUCACAGUACACGCCGCCCAAGCACUGCACAAUAAUGUUAACGGUCCGCCACCCGCGACGUCUGCGUACAGAGGCCGCUUUCCCUAUCCUCCCCCCCAAUCCGGCUUACUUGGUCACCGUCCCAAUGGGGUUUCGCCAAGGCAGCCCUUUGUCCCACCUGCAGGCCACCGUUCUUUCACUAGCAGUCGAUUUACUCACCAUACAGCACUGCGAGGUGGCGGAGUUAGCGGUCCGAACGAUCACUUUGGACAGUAUUCGUCGAAUAGUAUGAAUCAGUCGGCCGGCCCAGCCCCACUUAGUCGUUUCGAGGGCCUUCGUGGCCUGAUAUACUUUAAGUAUUUAACUUGUCGCCUCUUCCUCGACGGAAUGAAGCGGAUCUCAAACACGGUAGCAUACGAUGUAACCCGAACUAAAGGCGUGAGC